UUGUAUCAUUUUUUCCGAGAAGUCUCACUAACAAGUCAAGGGUAUAAAAAGAUUUGAUAUUUUCCCUCUUUGUUUAAUAAUUUCAAUCAAAUUGCAGGUGAAAAUGCAUGUGGGUUUGCUCAGAAAGCUGCACAUGGCUUCUCUUGUUUCAAGUUUAGAGACUGUGAUGAUAUAUACACAAAAAUAGAACAGCUAGGGUUUUGGGGUUUUCAAGAGAAUCAGAUGCAGAAAAACUCACACCAGAUAGUGAAGCUGGUUUCAGGCUUGGGAACUGUGUAAGUUCAUCUGCUUCCAUUCACAUUUCUCUCUUAAAACAAACUCUAUACAAAAAGAUCAUAAGAUCAGAUCCAAUAUCAAUGACCAAAUGCUUUCUUCCAUUUAUGCUCUUAUUUCAACCAAGUUAAAGAGAUUCAGUUUGUCUUCAUCCUUCUCAUUCUUUCUUCAGAUCUAGAAAAUGGGAUUUUCCAUCUAUUUCUUCUCCCGAAACCCAUUUCAUUACUUUGCUCUGCUUGUAAUCUUAAUCUUGAGUUUUUAUGUUUGUAUGGAUUAUGGGGUUCUCCCCAUCUUCUUCACAGCUUUGAUAUUGAUUAUUCCAUCUUCUGUUAUCUUAACUUUCUCGAAUCCAAAAAUGGUAAAAUCAUGUCAAACAGAGUCCAUCUGCUCUAUUCAGAUUGAGCUUCCCAAACAAAGUGUUGUACUUUCUGAAACUCAAACUCAGGUUGAAGAAGAAGAUGAAGAGAUUGAUCAUGAAUCCUCAAUUGGACCUUCACCAGAUUCAUAUUCAGAGAGUGAUAGCAUUAUUGCUUAUUCUCCAUUGACAUCGGAUCAAGAAUCUGAGAUUGACUGGCCAGAUUCAGGGAAUCUAUAUGGUCAUUUUCUGGCUUCCUCAGAUGGGACAAUUUCUGAUGAGGAAAGCUUGAUUGAAAUCGUCUUACCAAGUGGCCAAUUUUUAGCUAGUCCUUAUGAAGAAGAAGAAGAAGAAGAAAGGGAUUCCAUUAAUGAUUUGAUACUGGAGAUGAAAAAGAAGAAGAAGAUGAAGAGUCCAAUGGAGCUUUCAGCAGAGAUGAAUUAUAUGAAUGAGGAAGAUAAUUUGAUAGAGAUUGAUAUAUCCAUAGGCUCCAUCAAGGUUUGAACUUGGAAUCAUAAAAUGAAAAAAAGUCCUUCAAUGUUUUAUUAUUGUUUCUGUUCACGGGUCUUUCAUCUUCUUUUUUUAGAUCUUGUUCUUUCUGUUCUUGAAUAGAGUUUUGACUCAUGAACAUUGUAUAUCCAUUGAAGGUCACACCUUCUUCUU